UCGAUAACACUGCAUUGCACGUGCACUCGUUUUAGAUGCUAGUCUGAAAUAAAUAAAACACUUUGAUUUAAAAUAAAAGAAACACAAAUCUAAGAAAAUGGGAGAGUUUAUAGCUGAAAUGCAGGAGCGCAUCCUGCCCGAGUACGAGCAGAUGAACCACUACAAUUUAUUUACCCCCGAGCAAGUGAGAGAGAUCAUUAGCCGCCGGGAUCAUUUGUUUCAAAAAAUUACUAAAGGUCAUUUGACCGUGAGCGAUUAUCUGGAGUUCAUUGUCUAUGAAAAGCAAAUGCAUGAGACUAUUGUUGCCAAGGAGGAGCAAAUGCAUUUAAAACUUUCUGGACUAAAGACUUCCAUAACAGUCAGAAUUAUGCGGUUGUAUAGGGAAGUUCUGGUCAAAUUCAGCCACGAUAGACGCCUAUGGGGACACUGGAUCAAUUUCAGCAAAAGGAAUAAUCCUCAAGAGGUUGCGGGCAUCUAUGAGAAGAUGCUGCAGUAUCAUGGAGAUGAACCCAGUUUUUGGGUGGAUGCUGCCAUGUGGCUCUAUGAAUACAAUCGCCUCAACAUAGAACGAGUCCAGGAUACACUUUUACGCGGUUUGCAACGUCAUCCGACAUCUGAGCGACUGAAUAAAUGCUUCUUUGACAUCCUGCUCACGGAAGCGGCUCUGGCCGAUAAUGAGAAAAAUCUAGAGGAUAACACGCUCUCCGAGCAAGAUAUAAAAUUGGAACGAGUAGCAGCUGUCUAUAAUAACAGCAUGAAAAAUGUCACCCACUUGGAUUAUUUUAUUAAGCUACUGGAAUCCUGCGAAAAUCAUCAUGAAAUAACCAACAAGCUUCAGCGAAAUAUACUUCACGACAUGCAGGAAAAGUUUCCCAGAGAGCCUCUGCUUUGGGAUCUGUUGGCACAGCGGGAAUUGCGGGGCUAUCAUCUUGGUGAUAUGGAACAGCAGGAUCUUGAACAAGAGGAGCCGGCGUUCAAGAGAACUCGACUCGAACGCCCUUUUAAAGGCCGCCUGGAAUUAUUUACGACUGUUUAUAAGACUGCUGUUGACCUAUUAAAAACCCAAGAAAUAUGGAACCUAUAUAUAGAUGCCCUUCUAGCUAUUAAAACGAACUCCAAAUCGGAACGAUCCCUAAAACAGCAGUAUCUGGCCAAUGCACUGCAGGAGGGCCAUCGCUCCCAGCUAAUGUCAAUCCGUCACUAUUCUACCUUGAAGAAGAUGCUAUGUUCCACACCAGCUGGCUGUUCAACCGCUGUUCAAAUCUUCAAUGAGGCGUUGAAGCGUGAUCCCUCCGUUGAAAUGUAUCAACUUCUAAUGGACACGCUCGUUCUUAACGACGAGGAGCCGCAGGUCUACGAGGUGUUUCAUAAAAUCCAAAAGACUAUGGGCAGCGAGUCUUUUCCCCUAUGGCGGAGUGUUAUUUGUUAUUAUCGCACACGUGAGCGUUCGCCAAGUAAUAGAGAACGACUGGAGAACAUUUAUGCGGAGGCCUGUAAAUCUAAAUAUCCGGAAUUCGCAGAACUGCGCUCAGAUUACCUACGCUAUCUCUGGAUUGAAAACUCUCCUGAGUCUGCACGAAAAGAAUACAAAAAAUUGUCCCUCCAGCCUCCCCUAACUCUCCAACUGCAUCGGGAAAUGGCUCAACUUGAGAGCACUUUGACUAUAAGGGACUCUGCCAACCUGAAAUCUUGGCGGAUGUGUUUGGAGCAUAUGGCCCUGCAUUUUGGAAAAACUGAGCCCAGUGUCUGGGUGGACUACUUGGCCUUCGAGCGGGACCAUGGUGAAGCUAAAAACAUAAAUUUACUAACGCAACGGGCCGUGUCCACACUAGAACCUCAGUAUGUCCACACGUUUGAGAUGGAGCGUACCCUGGCGCAUUUGGGAGCCGCUAUAGUUGGCUGACAAGGUGCAGAUGCAGUUCAUCGAGACAUUGAACUGUUGGUUGAUUCCUAAGUACUAUAGGCAAAGAUAUUUUAGUUUAGUUAAGAAGAUUUUUACUGUUUUUUUAUAUUUCUUUAAAGUAAAAUGAUUAUAAAUCAG